CACCAGUGUCCGCCCCGCAGCGGCGCGUUGCAUCUGCUCGGUGCAAUGUGGUGCUGGCGGCUGCUGAGAGCCUGCCCGGCACCGGCGCCAUGCGGCCCCGUCCGGCCGCACAGCGCCCUGGUCCGCAUGAUCCGCAUCCUGGAGGGGGAACUGGAGAGCAUCCGCGGGGCAGGCACCUGGAAGAGCGAGAGGAUCAUCACGUCCCCGCAGGGGCCCCACAUCCACGUGGAAGGCAGCCGAGGAGGAAUCCUGAAUUUUUGUGCCAAUAACUACCUGGGCCUAUCCAGCCAUCCUGAGGUGAUCCGUUCUGGACAUGAGGCCCUAGAGAAGUUUGGAGCUGGCCUCAGCUCUGUCCGUUUCAUCUGUGGCACUCAGAGUAUACACAAGAGCCUGGAGGAGAAGAUCUCCCAUUUCCACCAGAGAGAGGAUGCCAUCCUUUAUGCCAGCUGCUUCGAUGCCAACGCUGGUAUCUUUGAGGCACUGCUGACCCCAGAAGAUGCUGUGCUCUCAGAUGAGCUGAAUCAUGCCUCCAUCAUUGAUGGGAUCCGACUGUGUAAGGCCAAUAAAUACCGCUACAAACACAUGGACAUGCAGGACCUGGAGGCCAAGCUGCAGGAUGCACAGAAACAUCGCCUGCGACUCAUAGCCACUGAUGGUGCCUUUUCUAUGGAUGGUGACAUUGCCCCCUUGAAAGAGAUCUGCCAGCUGGCCCAGAAAUAUCAGGCCCUUGUCUUCAUUGACGAAUGCCAUGCUACUGGCUUCCUGGGGCCCAAUGGACGGGGUACUGACGAGCUCCUGGGCGUGAUGGACCAAGUCACCAUCGUCAACUCAACACUGGGCAAGGCGCUUGGAGGAGCAGCAGGUGGGUACACCACUGGCCCCAAAGCCCUUAUCGACCUGCUCCGCCAGCGUUCCCGCCCAUACCUUUUCUCCAACAGCCUGCCUCCUGCUGUUGUGGGUUGUGCCUCCAAGGCUUUGGACCUGCUUAUGGAGAGCAAUGCUAUUGCACAGUCUAUGGCAGCCAAGACCAAACGAUUCCGUAGCAAGAUGACUGCAGCUGGAUUCACCAUCUCAGGGCAAGAUCAUCCCAUCUGCCCCGUCAUGCUGGGAGAUGCGCGGCUCGCUUCAGUGAUGGCCGACGACAUGCUAGAGAGAGGCAUUUAUGUCAUUGGCUUCAGCUUCCCCGUGGUCCCCAAAGGGAAGGCACGCAUUCGAGUGCAGAUCUCAGCUGUCCACAGUGAAGACGACAUCGACCGCUGUGUGGAUGCCUUUACUGAGGUGGGGCACAAACACAGAGCACUGCCUUGAACUGCCAGCUCCCGCCUACCACCACCCUGCCCUUCUGGCCCAUGGCCAAGGCAGUGCCUGCAUUGGGAAAGAAUCCAUCACCACUGGAAGAGAUCAAAAUAAUGACAAGAAAGAGACCCUGGCCUCUGGGAGGCCUUUGCCACCACAGAGUACACAAGCGAUGGCUUAAUGGAGUUUCCUUUCUUUGGGUUCUUCAAGUUCUAAUGCACAUUAAAGGGUUGGCCAAAUUG